UCUUCACCCUCCAUGCCCAUGACCUCUCCGGAAUUGUUUCUCACUCCACCUCUCUCUCUCUCUCUCUAAAAAGCUAUCCAUGUGUAUAUACAUAUAUUUAUAUAUCUAAGCGCGCAUAAUCGAAGAAUGAUCCUUUGAAAUUUGAACAAAGGAGGCUCUACAUUUCGAAUCAUUAGCAGAUCAUGGUAAAUUAUUUAUGAGUUACAGAAUUCUUUAUCAGUUGGAAUCUUUUUCUGUGGUAGUACUUGAGUUCAGAUGAGAUCAGUUGCAAUGUGCUUUUCAAUUUUGCAAGCCCCUAGAUGCAGACAUUUCACCUCAGCUACUUCUUGGUGGGAAAGUUUUCACAAGUUAAAUAAGAAUCAUGGAUGCGGUUCGAGCUUUAAGCUUCUUGGUUCCAAUACUUAUGAUGGGCAUGAAGGAGGAUACAGCAGGAGAUGGAUCAGAAGACCUGCAAGUACGGAAGCAGAAGGAAGAAGCAAAAACACCCUAAGAAGAAAAACAAACAUCAGUCAUAAAGUAUCAGAUGGAACAAUUUCUACAAGCACGAAAGUAGAUAUAAAUAAAUCCGAAAUAAAUAAAAUUGAAAGAAUUCAGUACUGUGAUAUUCAACAAAAGAUUGCUGAGAACAAAGAUCUUAGCAGCCUCAUAACUUUUCUUGUUUUUGAUAUUGAGACCACUGGGUUUAGCAGAGUAGAUGGACGGAUUAUCGAGAUUGCAGUUCGAGAUCUUGGAGGGGGUGAAAAUAGCACUUUUCAGACACUAGUAAAUCCUGGAUGCAUUGUGCCAAAUUCACAUAUCCACGGCAUUUCAACCUAUAUGGUAACCAGGCCUGGCAUUCCAAGGAUGGACGAGCUGAUCCCAAUCUUGCUGCAGUAUGUCAGAAGCCGCCAGAAACCUAGUGGAUUUGUAGUGUUGAUUGCUCACAAUGCUCGUACUUUUGAUGUUCCCUUUUUGAAUAAUGAAUUCUCUCGCCACUCAUUUGAGGUUCCUUCAGAUUGGCUGUUUCUGGACACACUUCCUCUGGCACGUGAAGCGAUGAAGUUGGGAGGAUCAAAGGUUCCUGCAAAAACAUCAUUGCAAGCCCUCCGUGAGUGUUAUGAAAUCCCAUUAGUUGGUCCAGCUCACCGAGCCAUGUCAGAUGUGGACGCAUUAGCAUUGAUUCUGCAAAGGCUGACUUUUGACCUGAAACUGCCAAUCUCUGGCCUUGUUGAAAAAACUUUUAGAGCCUCAGACUCCAGUAACCCAAAGAAGAAGAAGUAGUUUUGAAAGAUCUUUUAGAGCCUCAGACUUGAUUAACCUAUAAAGAAGAAGAAGAAUUAUUCAGUGUAGUUUUGUUGUCACUUGUAUAUCUUGUAAUAACUAUUUGUUGGAUUAUUUCACUCAUUCUUAUCAAUGAUAAAUUUCAGGCCAUUAUUCAUUCAGUCUCAA